AUGAUUCUUCCUCAUUUGGUUGGUCUCUUGGCCGCCACUGCCGGUGUUGCCAAGGCCGUCAAUAUCACCGGUUACGAGUAUGUCGUGGUUGGUUCUGGUGCUGGUGGUGGUCCUCUCGCAGCUCGUCUCGCUCUGGCUGGCCACAAGACUCUGCUGCUCGAAGCUGGUGAUGACCAGGGCGAAACCUUUAACUAUAGCAUCCCUGCCUACUCUGCCAGAGCUUCUGAGGAUGAGAAGCUUUCAUGGAACUUCUUCGUUCACCACUAUGCCGACGACGAGCGCCAGGCUCGCGAUUUCAAGACCACCUACGAAACGCCUAGUGGUGAACUGUACACUGGCCUGAGCCCUCCCGAGGGCUCGAAGCUGAUGGGAACCCUCUACCCUCGUACUGGUACACUCGGAGGAUGUACUGCCCACAACGCUCUAAUCGCCGUUUACCCCCACCAAUCUGACUUUGAAUACAUCUCAACCUUGACUGGCGAUAGCUCUUGGUCGCCUGAUAAUAUGCGAAAGUACUUCGCCAAGCUGGAGAGGAACCACUACCUGCUCCCCGGCAUGGAGGGUCACGGUUACGAUGGCUGGCUCCAGACCGAGACCGCUCCCCUGAGCAUUGUCCUGGAGGACCCCCAGCUUCUCAGCAUGCUUACCGGUGGUGCUUUUGCUCUUGGUAACUUGACCGAUAAUGUCAUCAACAUUGCCACCCUGCUGGCCGGCGAUGCCAAUGCUGAUACUACAACCCGUGACACCGUCUCUGGCUACUAUCAAAUCCCAAUCUCGACCGACGACGCUCACCGUAACGGUGCUCGUGAAUUUAUUAUCGCCGUGCGAGACGCCAAGAACGCUGAUGGCACUAAGAAGUACCCUCUUGAUGUUCGCAUGAACACCCAUGUUACCAAGGUGACUUUCGACGAGUCUGUUGACCCUCCCCGUGCUACUGGUGUCGAGUUCCUCGAUGGCGAGCACCUCUACAAGGCUAGCCCCUUGUCAAAGACAGCCUCUACCGGCAUCCCUGGUUCUGCUUCUGCUUCCCGUGAGGUUAUCGUUUCCGGUGGUGUCUACAACUCGCCCCAGCUCCUCAAGCUGAGUGGCAUCGGUCCCGCCGAUGAGCUGAACAAGUUUGGUAUCAAGGUCAUCAAGGAUCUUCCUGGUGUCGGCACCAACCUCCAGGACCACUACGAGAUUUCCGUCCAAGGCAAGAUUGAAGAAGACUUCUCCUGCUUGAACGGCUGCACCUUCAGCAUCCGCGACGAGGCUGAUCCCUGCAUUAACCGAUGGGAGACCCCUGUCCUCGGCGACCGCGGUAUCUACUCAUCCCCCGGUCUCGCCGCUACUAUGCUAUACAAGAGCUCUGUUACUGCCGACGAUAGCUUCGACAUCUUCUGCUUUGGUGGCCCCGUCAACUUCCGUGGCUACUUCCCAGACUACAGCAUCAAUGCUACCGAUGAGCACAACUGGUUCACCUGGGCUAUCCUUAAGGCUCACCCCCGGAACACCGCUGGCAACGUUGUCCUGCAGUCUGCUGAUCCCCUGGAUGUCCCCAAGAUUACCUUCAACUACUUCGACACUGGUGUUGGUGACUACGAUGCUGAUCUCACUGCUCUCUACGAAGCCAUCGAGCUCGCCCGUGAUGCCUUCAAGCGCCAGCUCGUUAACGUUACCGAGGUUCUCCCCGGUGCUGCUGUUACUUCCAAAGAAGAUAUCGAGACAUAUGUCAAGGACGGUGCUUGGGGCCACCACGCCUCCUGCACUUGUCCCAUCGGUGCUGACGGUGACCCCAUGGCCGUAUUGGAUUCUAAGUUCCAUGUCCGUGGCGUCUCUGGUCUCCGUGUCGUUGAUGCUUCCGUUUACCCCAAGAUCCCGGGUACUUUCACGGCUGUGUCUACCUACAUGGUUGCCGAGAAGGCGGCUGAUGAGAUUCUGAGUGAGCUUGCUGCUAGCUCUUGA